AGGUCUCUGCUUCAGCUGUGAGCUGUCGGCCCCGAGUUUCUCAGGAGGGAAGAGUCGGGGAAGCUCUGGAGGCUGGGGAAUCGUUGAAACUUUUAAGUAACUGGUUUGCAGCAACUCAGUAAGUGGAAUAUCAGAUUUUGGCACUUGUGGAUGGAAAUUGGGCAGCUUCCUUAUUGCAAGGUAGCUGAGAGAUCAAAUCCCAUCUCUGAAAAGACCCUCUAAUACUGCAUCAUUAUGGAGACCGACGAAAUUGAGGAGGAGUUUGAGGAGUAUGAGGAGGAGGAAAUUGUGGAGGAGACAACCACCGUUACUCAACAGUUUACUCAGCAGGUGACACAGCAGGUCUCGCAGCAGUCUGCUGGGUCAGGGGUGAAGGGAGCCGGAGGUCUUGCCCAACGUGAGGUCAAGAAGAAGGUCAAGGUGGACACCACCAAGUUCAUGACACCUUACCUGGCUCACAGCCAGAAGAUGCUGGACCAGUACAGUCACAACAAGUACCGUGAGGCCUAUGAGAAGAGUGUGAAGGGUUUGCCCUAUGCCAUCUCAAAGGAAGUUCCGGAGCUGAUCCGGAUCAAGAAGGCUCAGGAGCAGCUGAGUGAGGUGAAAUACCGCAUGGAGGGUCUGAAGGCAAACGCUGUGUGCCACUACGGCGGUGAGUCUAUUGAGGUCGCCCACGUGAAGAAAGUGACUGAGCUGUUCAGCAAGGUGCUGUACAGGCAGAAGUGGGAUGAGACCAAGGACCGCUACCUCCUGCCUCCCGAUGCUCCUGAGCUUGUGCUGGCUGUCAAGAACGCCGCCAACUACAGCAAGAAACUGUACACAGAGGCCUGGGAUGAGGACAAGACCAUGUACUACCCAUACAGCGACAGCCCUGAGCUUCGCAGGGUAGCCAAAGCCCAGGAAGUCCUUAGUGACAUCCAGUACAAGAAGGGUCAUGACGAGCGCAAGGCCAAGUAUACCUCCUUGGCUGAGCCUCCGGAGGUGGAAUUGGCCAAGAAGGUCUUCGCCCAGCGCAGUGAUCUCAAGUACCAUGAAGAUUACAACAAGAAUGUCAAGGGCAAGUGGAGUGAGACCCCUUACUUUGACGUCGCCAUCGCAAGAAUGGCCAUGGACAACCUUAGUUCCAGAAAGUACACGCAGGCGUUUGAGGAUGCCAAAGACCAAAUCUACUUCAUGCAAACGGAAACGCCAGAGUAUGCCGCCCGCAAGAAAGCCGGUGACGCCGCAAGCGCAGUCAAAUAUAAGAAGGACUACGAGAAAACGAAGGCAGUUGCUGGCUACAACGUUCUCCCCGCCACGUCCAAUCCCCUACUCACGCAGCUGAGAUACGCUGGCACGAUACUUAGUGAUAAAGUAUAUAAGGCCAGCUAUGAGAAGUCAAGGGGCUCCAGCAUCAAUUACUGCGACACGCCCAAGUUCCAGAUGGACAGUGUCCUUAAGCAGUUCACAGACGCGCAUUAUAAAGAUAAGUAUGAAAAUGAGGUGAAAGGUCACUAUAUCGGCAGCUAUGAAGACAUAUUCAUGCUCCACUGUCAGAAGAUGGAAGAGAUUAAGAGCGAAACGAAUUACAAAGCGGAUUAUGAGGAUAUAAAGACGAGAUGUUACUUCCCUCAAACCAUCACGCCCGGAUAUGACGCUAUGAAGAAGGUUGAAGUGUGCAAAGAUAAAACAUAUCGUCAGCAUCCAGACACGGUCAAAUUCACCCAAGUCACAGACUCGCCUGUCAUGGUGCAAGCGGGCAUUAACGCAAAACAACUCAGUGACCUCAAUUACAAAGCAAAGUAUGAAGAGACAAAGUUCAAAAGCGCCCUGCCCCCAGACUACCCUUUAUUCAUUCAGUCAAGAGUCAACGCCUAUAACCUCAGUGAUAAUUGUUACAAAUAUGACUGGGAGAAAGCAAAGGCAAAAAAGUUCGAAGUGAAAGGUGAUGCUAUUUCGAUCCUCGCUGCCCGCGCCCACACAAAUAUUGCCAGUGAUGUGAAAUACAAGAAGGAGUAUGAGAAAAACAAAGGUCAGAUGGUCGGUGCGCUCAGCAUCAACGAUGACCCUAAAAUCAUGCACUCCGUGCAUGUUGCCAAAAUUCAAAGUGAACGUGAGUAUAAGAAGGACUAUGAGAAGUUGAAGACCAAGUACCAUACCACUCUGGACAUGAUGUCGGUUACACUGGCCAAGAAGUCACAAGGCAUCGCAAGCAUGUCUGGCUACAGAAACAUCCCCAGCAAAUACUGCAUGCCUUAUGAUGCAAUUGCACUGGAAACGGCAAAGAACGCCAACGUGAUCCAGAGCAAUAAUGAGUACAAGUCGGACUACAACAACAGUGUAAAGGGAUCUCCCUGGGUGAGCCUCGGGGCAAUGGAGGUGGAAAAGGCAAAGAAGGCUGGAGAGAUCCUGAAUGAGAAAAAGUACAGGCAGCACCCAGACACCAUUCCAUUUACUGCCAUCGAUGACCACCCCGUCAUGAUGCAGGCCAAGGUCAACCAGAUGCUGAGGAGUAAUCUUCAUUACAAGAAAGGCCUGGAGGAGGUCCAUCAAAAGUAUUCCUUGCCCGCUGAUGUCCCAGAGCUGCAACAAGCCAGGGUUAAUGCUUGGAACGUCAGCCAGAAAUAUUACAAGAUGGGCUGGGAAGAGACUAUUGCAAAGGGGUACGACUUGAAACCCGAUGCUAUCGCCAUACUUGCAGCCAAGAAAGCCAGACAUGAUGUCAGUGAUUAUCAAUACAAAAAGGCUUACAACAAGGCCAAGGGCCAACAUGUUGGCUUCCGUAACAUUAAGGACGACCCUCUGCUGGUACACUAUAUGCAAAUAGCCAAAUUGCAGAGUGACAAGAACUAUAAGAAGGACUACCACAAGUCCAAGCUGAAGUUCCAUUCCCCAGUGGACAUGCUGAGUGUAGCUCAUGCUAAGGAAGCCACAGCUAAGCAGACCAAUGCUGGCUACAAGAAGAUUACUCACCACUACAGCCUCCUCCCAGAUGCAAUGAACCUGGUGCUGGCUCGUUCCAUGAACAUCCAGUCAAGUGACGUCAACUACAAAAUGGACUAUGAGACAGGAGUGAAGGGUUCCUCCUGGGUUCCCAUUGGCUCUCUGGACGUGGAGAGAGCCAAAAUGGCAGCUGCAGCUCUCAAUGAGAAGAAGUACAGGCAGCACCCAGACACCAUCCCUUUCACCGCCGUCCUGGACACCCCAGUCAUGGAGCAGGCCAAGCUCAACGCUCAGCAACUGAGUGACAAAUUGUACAAGGCCUCUGGGGAGAAGUUCAUGCACACCUACCACCUCCCGGCCGACACUCCAGUGUUCCUGCAAGCCAAGUUCAACGCUGCCAGCAUCAGUGAGAAUUAUUACAAAUAUGAACAUAAGAAGGAUCUACUGAAGGGGCAUCAUAUGAAACAGGAUGCAAUCCCAAUUCUCGCUGCCAAGUCAGGCAGAGACAUCGCCAGCGACUACAAGUACAAGCUUGCUUACAACAAGGGCAAGGGCAAACAUGUUGGCUUCCGUAACAUUAAGGACGACCCUCUGCUGGUGCACUACAUGGAAAUAGCCAAGUUGCAGAGUGACAAGAACUAUAAGAAGGACUACCACAAGUCCAAGCUGAAGUUCCAUUCCCCAGUGGACAUGAUGAGUGUUGUUCAUGCUAAGGAAGCCACAGCUAAGCAGACCAAUGCUGGCUACAAGAAGCUUAUUCAUACCUACAGCCUCCUCCCAGAUGCAAUGAACCUGGUGCUGGCUCGUGCCAUGAACAUCCAGUCAAGUGAUAAUAACUACAAGGCCGACUACAACAGUGUUUUCAGAGGAGCAGGCUGGGUCCCAAUUGGCUCCAUGCCUGUUGAGUUGGCAAAGCAGGCAAGCAAAGCCUUGGAUGAGCACUCCUAUCGUCAGCAUCCCAGCCAAUUUGCGUUUACCAGCCUGCCAGACAACAUGAACAUGGCCCUUGCAAUGUCCAACCAGAAACAGCUCAACAUGGCUGCUUACAAAGCCUCUGGCGAGCAGUUCAAGCAUACUUACCAUUUGCCUGCUGACAGCCCGGAGUUCGUACAGGCUAAAUUCAAUCAACAGACAAUGAGUAAUCAACACUACAAGCACAAGUGGAUUGAACAUAUUGCCAAGGGUUAUGACAUGAAGGCAGAUGCCAUUUCCAUUCUUCAUGCUAAGCAAGGAAGACACAUUGCCAGUGAUUACAAGUACAAACUAGAAUACAACAAGGCAAAGGGCCACCACAUUGGUGUCCGCAACAUUAAGGACGACCCUCUGCUGGUGCACUACAUGGAUGUGGCCAAGAUGCAGAGUGAACAGAACUAUAAGAAGGACUACCACAAGGUCAAGCUGAAGUACCAUUCCCCUGUGGACAUGAUGAGUGUGGCUCAUGCUAAGCAUGCCUCAACAGUGCAGACCAAUGCCGGCUACAAGAAGAUUAUUCAUACCUACAACCUCCUCCCAGACGCAAUGAGCCUGGAGCUGGCUCGUACUAUGAAUGCUAGUGCUAGUGAUUGUGGGUACAAGGCUGACUACAAUGCUACCAUGAGAGGAGUGCCAUGGAUCCCCAUAGGCUCAUUGCCUGUUGAGCUUGCAAAAACUGGCUCUGCGAUCCGUAGUGAGCACAAAUAUCGCACUCACCCCUCCGUCCACCCCUUCCAUAGACUCAUGGAUUCCAUGGAUAUUGUUUUGGCCACUGAAAACAACAAGAUCAUGAACAAGCAAGCUUACAUUGCCAAGUGGGAGAAAGACAAGCUCAAUGUCCAUGUUAUGCCUGACAGUCCGGAGAUUGUGCUGGCCAAGGCCAAUGCAAUCACGAUGAGUAAUAAACAUUACAAGGCUGGCCUAGAGGAAAUGGCUAAGGCUGGCUACCAUCUCUCUGGUGAUGCGAUUUCUAUCCUGGCAGCAAAAUCUGGCAGACACAUUGCCAGUGAUUACAAGUACAAACUAGAAUACAACAAGGCAAAGGGCCACCACAUUGGUGUCCGCAACAUUAAGGACGACCCUCUGCUGGUGCACUACAUGGAUGUGGCCAAGAUGCAGAGUGAACAGAACUAUAAGAAGGACUACCACAAGGUCAAGCUGAAGUACCAUUCCCCUGUGGACAUGAUGAGUGUGGCUCAUGCUAAGCAUGCCUCAACAGUGCAGACCAAUGCCGGCUACAAGAAGCUUCUCCAUAAUUACACCCUUCCCCCAGACGCCAUGGGUCUGGCGCUAGCUCGUAGCAUGAAUUCCAGUGCUAGCGACGCUGAAUACAAGGCUGAAUACAAUGCAAACGUGAGAGGAUUGCCAUGGGUCCCCAUAGGCUCUAUGCCAGUUGAGCUCGCAAAAACUGGCUCUCAGAUACGCAGUGAGCAGAAAUAUCGCACUCACCCCUCCGUCCACCCCUUCCAUAGACUCAUGGACUCCAUGGAUAUUGUUUUGGCCACUGAAAACAACAAGAUCAUGAACAAGCAAGCUUACACUGCCCAGUGGGAGAAAGACAAGCUCAAGGUCCAUGUUAUGCCUGACAGUCCGGAGAUUGUGCUGGCCAAGGCUAAUUCUAUCGCAAUAAGCAAUAAACUGUACAACCUGGCCAAUGAGCAAGCCAAGAAGAAAGGCACUCAUGUCCGAGGUGAUGCUAUUGCAAUUCAGGCAGCAAGAGCUUGCACAAACAUCGCUAGUGACUUCAAAUACAAGACUGGCUACCGCAAGCAGAUUGGCCACCAUAUUGGAGCCCGUAGCAUUGAGGACGAUCCACUGCUCAUGCUGGCCUUGAACUCUGCUAAGAUUGCCAGUGAUGCCCUUUACAAGAAGGACUACGACAAGGUCAAGACCAAGUUCCAUCUGCCUGUGGAUAUGAUGGCCUUUGUGUUGGCCAAAAAGAAUCAGAUUCAAGUCAAUGAUGCUCACUACAGAACUCGCCUUCACAACUGGACAUGCUUGCCUGACUCCAGUGAUGUUGUCCAGGCUAAAAUGUGCUAUGAGAUAGCAAGUAAUGCUAUCUACAAGUCAGAUUUCAAAAAUAUGGUACAAGGUACGGGAUGGAUACCCAUUGGCUCACUUGAUGUUGAGAAAGUAAAGAAGGCUGGCGAAAUUUUGAGUGACAAGUUGUACCGUCAGCAUCCCAGCAACUACAAAUUCACCAGCUCAACUGAAGAUAUGCCUAUUGUCCUCGCCAAGGCAUUGAAUGACAACCUCAACAAGCAAAGUUAUGUAAAAGCUUGGGAAAAGGACAAGACAACUGUCCAUAUCAUGCCAGAUGCAAUGGAAAUCGAGCUGGCCAAAGCAAACAAGAUCGCCUACAGUGAGAGUAAAUACAAAAAGGCCCAUGAGGAAUCCAAGAAAAAGGGCCACCAUGUACGUAGUGAUGCCAUUGCCAUUCGUGCAGCCAAGUCAGCCAGAGACAUCGCCAGUGAUUUCAAGUACAAGACUGGGUACCGCAAGCAGAUUGGCCACCAUAUUGGAGCCCGUAGCAUUGAGGAUGAUCCACUGCUCAUGCUGGCCUUGAACUCUGCUAAGAUUGCUAGUGAUGCCCUUUACAAGAAGGACUACGACAAGGUCAAGACCAAGUUCCAUCUGCCUGUGGAUAUGAUGGCCUUUGUGUUGGCCAAAAAGAAUCAGAUUCAAGUCAAUGAUGCUCACUACAGAACUCGCCUUCACAACUGGACAUGCUUGCCUGAUUCCAAUGAUGUUGUCCAAGCUAAAAUGUGCUAUGAAAUAGCAAGUGAUGCUAUCUACAAGUCAGAUUUCAAAAAUGUCAUACAAGGUUCAGGAUGGGUACCCAUUGGCUCGCUAGAUGUUGAGAAGGUAAAGAAGGCUGGUGAAGUUUUGAGUGAAAAGUUAUACCGUCAGCAUCCUAGCAACUUCAAAUUCACCAGCACAACUCAAGAUAUGCCAAUUGUCUUGGCCAAGCAGUUGAAUGACAAUUUGAACAAGCAAACUUAUACAAGUGCUUGGAACAAAGACAAGACAACUGUCCAUAUUAUGCCAGAUGCAAUGGAUAUUGUGCUGGCCAAUGCCAACAAGAUUGCCUACAGUGAGAGUAAAUACAAGAAAGACAACGAGGAAUCCAAGAAGAAGGGCACUCAUGUACGUGGUGAUGCCAUUGCUAUUCGUGCAGCCAAGUCAGCCAGAGAUAUUGCCAGUGAUUUCAAAUACAAGACUGGCUACCGCAAGCAGAUUGGCCACCAUAUUGGAGCCCGUAGCAUUGAGGACGAUCCACUGCUCAUGCUGGCCUUGAACUCUGCUAAGAUUGCCAGUGAUGCCCUUUACAAGAAGGACUACGACAAGGUCAAGACCAAGUUCCAUCUGCCUGUGGAUAUGAUGGCCUUUGUGUUGGCCAAAAAGAAUCAGAUUCAAGUCAAUGAUGCUCACUACAGAACUCGCCUUCACAACUGGACAUGCUUGCCUGACUCCAGUGAUGUUGUCCAGGCUAAAAUGUGCUAUGAAAUAGCAAGUGAUGCUAUCUACAAGUCAGAUUUCAAAAAUAUGGUACAAGGUACGGGAUGGAUACCCAUUGGCUCACUUGAUGUUGAGAAAGCAAAGAAGGCUGGUGAAGUUUUGAGUGACAAGUUGUACCGUCAGCAUCCCAGCAAUUUCAAAUUCACCAGCUCAACUCAAGACAUGCCACUCGUCUUGGCUAAGGCAAUGAAUGACAAUAUGAACCAGCAAAGUUAUACAGAUGCUUGGAACAAGGACAAGACAAAGAUCCAUAUCAUGCCAGAUGCAAUGGAUAUUGUGCUGGCCAAUGCCAACAAGAUUGCCUACAGUGAGAGUAAAUACAAAAAGGCCAAUGAGGAAUCCAAGAAAAAGGGCCAUCAUGUACGUGGUGAUGCCAUUGCUAUUCGUGCAGCCAAGUCAGCCAGAGACAUCGCCAGUGAUUUCAAGUACAAGACUGGCUACCGCAAGCAGAUUGGCCACCAUAUUGGAGCCCGUAGCAUUGAGGACGAUCCACUGCUCAUGCUGGCCUUGAACUCUGCUAAGAUUGCCAGUGAUGCCCUUUACAAGAAGGACUACGACAAGGUCAAGACCAAGUUCCAUCUGCCUGUGGAUAUGAUGGCCUUUGUGUUGGCCAAAAAGAAUCAGAUUCAAGUCAAUGAUGCUCACUACAGAACUCGCCUUCACAACUGGACAUGCUUGCCUGACUCCAGUGAUGUUGUCCAGGCUAAAAUGUGCUAUGAAAUAGCAAGUGAUGCUAUCUACAAGUCAGAUUUCAAAAAUAUGGUACAAGGUACGGGAUGGAUACCCAUUGGCUCACUUGAUGUUGAGAAAGCAAAGAAGGCUGGUGAAGUUUUGAGUGACAAGUUGUACCGUCAGCAUCCCAGCAACUUCAAAUUCACCAGCUCAACUCAAGACAUGCCACUUGUCUUGGCUAAGGCAAUGAAUGACAAUAUGAACCAGCAAAGUUAUACAGAUGCUUGGAACAAGGACAAGGUAAAGGUCCAUAUCAUGCCAGAUGCAAUGGAUGUGGUGCUGGCCAGAACAAACAAGAUCACAUACAGUGAGAGUAAAUACAAAAAGGCCCAUGAGGAAUCCAAGAAGAAGGGCCAUCAUGUACUAGGUGAUGCUAUUGCUAUUCGUGCAGCCAAGUCAGCCAGAGACAUCGUCAGUGAUUUCAAGUACAAGACUGGCUACCGCAAGCAGAUUGGCCACCAUAUUGGAGCCCGUAGCAUUGAGGACGAUCCACUGCUCAUGCUGGCCUUGAACUCUGCAAAGAUUGCUAGCGAUGCCCUUUACAAGAAGGACUACGACAAGGUCAAGACCAAGUUCCAUCUGCCUGUGGAUAUGAUGGCCUUUGUGUUGGCCAAAAAGAAUCAGAUUCAUGUCAAUGAUGCCAACUACAGAACUCACCUUCACAACUGGACCUGCCUGCCUGACUCCAACGAUGUCGUCCAGGCCAGACAGACCUAUGACUUGCAGAGUGAUGCUGUCUACAGGGCCGAUCUGAAGUGGCUGAGGGGCAUGGGAUGGGUCCCAAUAGGCUCACUCGACGUUGAAAAAGCCAAAAAAGCAGGGGAGGUCCUGAGUGAAAAGCUGUAUCGUCAGCACCCCGACCAGUUCAAAUUCACCAGCACAACAGAGGACAUGCCCAAUGUUCUUGCAAAAGCCAACGCACUAACAACCAACAAGUCACUGUAUACCGAGGCCUGGAACAAGGACAAGACCAAAAUCCACAUCAUGCCAGAUUGCAUGGACGUGGUUCUUGCUAAACAGAACUGCAAAAAUAUGAGUGUGAAAUCAUACAGGCAAGCUGUUGAAGAUAUGUUUAAAAAGGGCUAUGACCUCAAAGGUGAUGCCAUCGCAAUCCAAGCAGCCAAAAAGGGAAGAGACAUCAUCAGUGAUUUCAAGUACAAGACUGGCUACCGCAAGCAGGUGGGCCACCACAUUGGAGCCCGCAGUGUCCAGGACGAUCCACUGAUGAUGCUGGCCAUUAACUCUGCCAAGAUUGCUAGUGAUGCUCUCUACAAGAAGGACUUUGAAAAGUCCAAGACCAAAUUCCAUCUCCCUGUCGACAUGCUAAAUCUUGAGCUGGCGAGGAAAUGCCAGAAGCAAGUCAACGAUUUCAACUACAGAACCCACCUGCACAACUGGACCUGCCUGCCUGACUCCAACGAUGUUGUCCAGGCUCGACAAGUCUAUGCCCUGCAGAGUGACGCUGUGUACAAGGCUGACAUGGAAUUAAUCAAGGGCACUGGCUGGGUCCCCAUUGGGUCACUGGAUGUCCUUAAGGCAAAGAAAGCUGGUGAGAUUCUCAGCGAUCGUCUAUACCGCCAGCAUCCCGAUCAGUUCAAGUUCACUCAAGACAUGCAGUCUAUGCCUUUGGUGCUGGCCAAAGCAAAUGCAGAUACAAUCAACAAGCGCCAGUAUGUUUCAGCCUGGGAAGUUGAUAAGACAAAGAUCCACUUGAAUAAUGAUAUUCCAGAGAUUGUACUGUCAAAGGCCAAUGCUGCCAAUAUGAGCAAGAAAUUAUACAAGCAAGCUGUAGAAGACAUGUUUAAAAAGGGCUAUGACCUCAAAGGUGAUGCCAUCGCAAUCCAAGCAGCCAAAAAGGGAAGAGACAUCAUCAGUGAUUACAAGUACAAGACUGGCUACCGCAAGCAGGUGGGCCACCACAUUGGAGCCCGCAGUGUCCAGGACGAUCCACUGAUGAUGCUGGCCAUUAACUCUGCCAAGAUUGCUAGCGAUGCUCUCUACAAGAAGGACUUUGAAAAGUCAAAGACCAAGUUCCAUCUCCCUGUCGACAUGCUAAACAUUGAACUGGCCAAGAAGUGCCAAAUCCAAGUCAACGAUUUCAACUACAGAACCCACCUGCACAACUGGACCUGCCUGCCUGACUCCAACGAUGUUGUUCAGGCUAAGAAGGUCUAUGAAUUGCGUAGCGAUGCGGUGUACAGGGCAGACAUGGAAUGGAUCAAAGGUUGCCCAUGGGUUCCUAUUGGCUCAGUGGAUGUAGAGAAAUGUAAGAAAGCUGGUCAAAUCCUGAGCGAACGGAAGUACCGUCAGCACCCAAGCAGUUUGCCCUUCACCAGCAAAACUGAUGGAAUGCCCUUCGCCUUGGCCAAGGACAAUGCCAAGAUUAGGGACCAGAAAGCAUAUCUUGAAGCAUGGAAUGCUGAUAAGACGAAACUUCACAUCAUGCCCGAUACUCCUGAGAUCCUUUUGGCCAAGCAGAACAACGUCACCAACAGCAGGAAACAGUACAGACAAGCUGUUGAAGAUAUCUUCAAGAAGGGAUAUGACCUCAAAGCUGAUGCCAUCGCAAUCCAAGCAGCCAAAAAGGGAAGAGAGAUCAUAAGUGAUUACAAGUACAAGAAAGGUUUCCGCGAGCAAUGUGGACAUCACAUUGGGGCUCUCAGUGUGUUGGACGAUCCACUGAUCAUGUUGGCCGCUAACGCUGGCAAGAUUUCCAGUGACAAUCUAUACAGGAAGGACUAUGACAAGGUCAAGACUAAGUUCCAUCUGCCUGUGGACAUGUUGGCCUUUGUGUUGGCCAAAAAGAAUCAGAUUCAAGUCAAUGAUGCUAACUACAGAACUCACCUUCACAACUGGACAUGCUUGCCUGACUCCAACGAUGUCGUCCAGGCCAGAAAAGUCUACGAUCUGCGCAGUGAUGCUGUGUAUAAAGCUGACAUGGAAUGGAUCCGUGGAUGUGGCUGGAUACCACAGGGCUCCCCUGAUGUUCUGAAAGCCAAAAAUGCUCAGGACAUUCUCAGCGAGAGACAAUACCGCCAGCAUCCUAGCACUGUCAAGUUCACAAGUGCUGUUGAUCUGCCAGUCAUUGUCUUGUCCAAGCAAAAUGCUGAAACCAUCAGUGGUAGAAAAUACAAAGAGGCCUGGGAGAAGGACAAAACGGCCAUUCACAUCAACCCAGACACGCCAGAAAUUCUCCUCUCAAAAGCAAACGCUAUUGCAAUUAGCAAUAAAAAGUACACCGACAAUUGGAACAAAGCAAAGGCCAAAGCGUACCAUGUGAAGGAGGAUGCAAUCUCUGUACUCAAAGCUAGAGCCUCCAGGGAUAUAGCCAGUGAUUACAAGUACAAGAAAGGUUUCCGCGAGCAAUGUGGCCACCACAUUGGCGCUCGCUGUGUGCAAGACGAUCCACUGAUGAUGCUGGCCAUCAACUCUGCCAAAAUUGCUAGUGAUGCUCUCUAUAAGAAAGACUUCAACAAGUCCAAGACCAAGUUCCAUCUCCCUGUCGACAUGCUAAAUCUUGAGCUGGCCAAGAAGUGCCAGAAGCAAGUCAACGAUUUCAACUACAGAACCCACCUGCACAACUGGACAUGCCUACCUGAUUCCAGUGAUGUUGUGCAGGCCAGAAAAGUCUACGACCUGCAGAGUGACGCAGUAUACAGGGCCGACUUGGAGUGGCUGAGAGGAUGUGGCUGGAUGCCUCAUGAGUCUGUGGAGGUCAACAGAGUGAAGAAUGCCCAGAAGAUCCUCGCUGACAGGGGUUAUCGUGUGGAAGUGGACAAACAGCCAUUCAUGAUUCCCCUUGACAGGGUUGACAUAGCAUGUGCAAGGAAUGCUAAUGAAGUCCGGAAUGAACAAAAAUAUCGUGAGCAAUGGCAUAAGGAUAAGACAACAUACCACAUGGCAGAUAAUCCAAUCCUGGCAACUUGCAGAGAGUCAAAUAAGAAUGUUCACCCGAAACUGUACACCCAAGCCUGGGACAAGUCCAAAUCCACUGGCUACUUCAUGCCUCACGAUGCUGUUCGCAUCCAGCACUGCACGAAAACAUCAAAGACGCAGAGUGAUCACAAAUAUAAAGAGGGAUACCGCAAGCAGGUUGGCCACCACAUUGGAGCCCUCAGCGUCCGGGAUGACCCACUGCUCAUGCUGGCUUUGAAUUCUGCCAAGAUUGCUAGUGAUGCCUUGUACAAGAAGGACUUCAACAAGUCCAAGACCAAGUUCCAUCUCCCCGUUGAUAUGCUUGCCUUUGAGCUGGCCAAGAAAUGCCAGGUCCAGGUGAAUGAUGACCACUACAGGACCCGUCUGCACAACUGGACCUGUCUGCCAGAUCAGAACGAUGUCAUUCAGGCCCGCAAAGUCUAUGACAUCAACAGUGACAUUGUCUACAAGGCUGACUUGGAGUGGCUCCGUGGAUGUGGAUGGAUGGCCCACGACUGUGUUGACCAUGUGAAAGUCAAGAAAGCUCAGGAAAUCAUGAACGAAAGGCUUUACAAGAAGGAUGCUAAGGAGAACUUUGCCAAGUUUACCCUUGUUGUGGACAGCCCAGAGAUUGUGCUUGCUAAAGUCAAUGCUGACAAUCUCAGUGACCUGAAGUACAAAGAGACCUUCAAUGCUGAGAAGGGCCAUUACAUCGGGUCUAUGGACACACCCCAGCUGGCCCAAAGCAGAGAGGCUGCCAAAAUCAUCAGCGAGAAACUUUACAAACUCGACUGGGACGAAAAUAAGGCCACCGGCUACCAGCUGAACCACGAGUACAUCCCAUUGUUGACUGCCAAGAAGGCCCGCAACAGUGUCAGCGAUGCUAAGUACCACGAGCUUCAUGAGAAAGAAAAGGGUCAUUACAAGGCUGCCAACCACCUGGACUUCCCUGAUGUGAUGCGCUAUGGGGAGAUUGAGAAAAUGAAGAGACUGAGGGAGUACCACAAGGACUACAAUGAUACAAAGACUAAGCUCCACAUCCCAGUGGACAUGAUCAGUCACGUGGUGGCCAAGAAAUGCCAGGAUAUCCUGAGCGAUGUGAAGUAUCGCUCCUACCUGCACCAGUGGACAUGCCAUCCCGACCAGGACGAUGUCAUCCGUGCCCGCCACGCUAAUGAGAUCUUGAGCGAUGUGAUCUACAAGGAGGAUUUGACCUGGAUCAAGGGCGUAGGUUGCUACGCCUGGGACACACCCGAGAUUCUCCGUGCAAAGAAGGCCUAUGAUCUUCAGAGCGAUAUCCAAUACAAAGCCGAGGGCAAGAAGGAAUUCAACAACUAUUCCAUUGUGACAGACACCCCAGUUUACGUCACCGCUAUCCUUGGACAUACCUGGGCUAGUGAGCUGAACUACAGGGAGGCCUACCACAGGGAGAAGCACAUGUACACUACUACUCUGGACACAUUUGACUAUGCUAGGUGCUAUGCCCUCAAAGACCUCUUCAGCACGAAAAAGUACUCUGCCGCAUGGGAAAAAAUCAAGGCUAAGAGCUACUUCAUCCCACAUGACUCCAAUGCCCUGGUCCACGCCAAGCAGCAGAAGGUUAUCCUGAGCGGUGCUAAAUAUCGUGAAGAUUACGAGAAAUUCAAGUCACUCUACAGCUUGCCAAAAUCCAUCGAGGAUGACCCUGCCACCCUUAGGUGCAUUCACGCUGGAAAGCUCAACCUUGACCGUCUGUACAAAGCGGACUAUGAGAAGACCAAGGCCAAGAUCACUGUGCCUCCCGACAUGCUGGACAUUGUGGAGAACCGCAAGGCCCAGAAGAGCAUCAGUGAGAUUGACUACCGCAAGUACCUGCACCAGUGGAUCUGCCUGCCUGACAUGCAGACCUUCGUGCACUCCCGCAAAGUCAAUGAGCAACUCAGCGACAUCUUCUACAAGGAUGACCUGAACUGGCUGAGGGGCAUCGGCUGCUUCGCCUGGGACACCCCUGAUAUUGUGCGCAGCAAGCACGCCAUGCAGCUCCAGAGCAAUAACCACUACAAAGCCGGUGGCAUCGAGCAGUUCAAGAACUACUCUGUGGUGCUGGAGACCCCUGUGUAUGAGGCUAACAGACAAAGUGCCCUGAACCUCAGUGACCUGAACUACCACUACGACUAUGAGACCAACAUCAAGGGAACAAACUCUGCUGCUGCAGUGACCAUUGAUACCGAGAGAGUUCGCCUCAACCAGUACAUCCAGAGCGACAACUGCUACAAAGAGGCCAGCAAGCACUCCAUGGCUAAAGGCUACAUUCUUCCAUACGACACCCCUGCUAACAAGCACGCCAGGGCCGUCAGCAACGCCGUCAGUGAGCACAAAUACAAACUGGACCAUGAUAAGACCAAGGCCAAGAGCUACUCUCUGGACCCUCAAGGUGUCAACUUCGUCACCAUCAGGAACGCCAACAAGGUCAUGAACGACCGUCUGUACCGCCAGAAGUACCACAAGGAGAAGGACAAAAUUCACGUCAUCUACGACACACUAGAAACCCUACAAGUCAAAGCCACUCAGGAGGCCAUCAGUGACGUCUGCUACAAAGAGAAGUAUUACGCCAACAGGGGGCAGCACAUCCCCAUGCCCUUCACCCCUCAGCUUAUGCACUGCGCCCGCGUCAACGAGCUCAACAGUGAUCUCAGGUACAAGGAGGACUUGCUGUGGCUGAGAGGCAUUGGCUGCUUCAUGCCCGACUCCCCUGAGAUGGUUCGCAUCCGUGAGAUCACCAAGUUCAACAAAAUCUAUGGCACUGAGGCCAAGAACAACUUUGCCAACUACUCAGUGGUGCUGGAUACCCCAGAGUACCAGCGCGUGCACGAGCUGAAGUCUCACAUGAGCAACUUGGUCUACACCAAAAAAGGCAAAGAGGAAAUGACCAAGGCCACCAACACUCUGGACAGCGUGGAGUUCUUGAGAGCCAAGUGGGCUCAGAAUCUGACCAACCAGUACCUGUACAAAGACCUGGCCUCCAAGGAGAGGGCAUUCUUCACUCCUGAGGUCAACACUCCUGAGAUUGAACAUGGCAGGACAAUGAAGGUCUUGACCAGCGAGAACAAAUACAAGAGCCAGUAUGAGAAGAUGAAGCAUAGGUACACUGCCAUCCAUGACACUCCCAUGCUGGUUCGUGCCAAGAAAGCCUACCUGCUGGCCAGCGACCUGCGCUACAAGGAGACCUUCGAGCUGUCCAAGGGACACUACCACCCAACCAAGGACGCCCUGGACAUCCUGUGUGCCAAGAGAGUGAGAGAUGACAUCAGCGAGGUCAAGUACAGAGAGAAGUACAUUAGCACCCUGGGAACCUGGAGGUCCAGGCCAGACCGCCCAGAGUUCUUCCACAGCAGAAUUGUUAGCGAUAUGGUCAGCGAUCUCAAGUACAAAGAGGAUCUGGAAUGGAUCAAGGGUAUUGGCUGCUAUGUGUGGGACACACCCGAGAUGGUACAAGCAGAACGCAACAAGACUCUCUACAGCGAGAGGCUGUACAAAUCAUCAUUUGAGAAGAACAGAGGUAACUUCAAGUACACCUGUGACACUCCAUUCUUUGAAGCCGCCAAGAAUGCGUCACUCCUCGCCAAUGACGCAAAGUAUAAAUCCAAGGCCAAGGCGCUGUUAAAGAGUGGCUGCAACGAGCUGCUUCGGCCUGACAUCCUGGGGGCCAUCUAUAACUCCAGUAUGAAGAGUAAGAGGAAGUACACAGAGCACUAUGAGCGCAUCAAGCACAAGUACACCACCGUUCUGGACACCCCCGAGUUCUUCACCAACAAGAGAAACAAGCAGAUCACCGAUAUCCCCUACAGGAUGGACUACCACAAGAACAAAGCCAGGGGCUACACUCUGCCCCACGACACCCCAACCACCCAACACUUGAAGAGAGUGAAGGAGUUCACCAGUGACCUGAAGUACAAGGAAGUCUAUGAGAAGAGCAAGACCCACAUCACCAUGGACCCAGAUGCCUAUGACAUCCGCGCUGCCAAGGAGGCCUACAAGAACAUCAGCAAUCUCAACUACAAGAAGAAGUACGAGGCCACUAAGGCCAAGUGGAUCUGGACCACCGACCGUCCCGACUUCCUCCAUCAUGCCAGGAACACUCUCCAGCAGAGCGACAUUGAGUACAAGUAUGAUAAGGAGAUGCUGAAGGGCUGCGUGAUCCCCGUGCCAGAGGACAAGCUCACGGAGCUGGCCAAGAAGAACUCAGUCAUGUACAGUGACGUGAAGUAUAAGCAGAAGUACGAGAAGGCGAAGGGACACUACAAGUCUGUUUUGGACACCCCUCAGAUCCUCCACGCCAAAUCAGUGGCUUCUCUUGUCUCUGAGAGUAAGUACAAGGAGGCCAGCAAGAAGGAAAUGCAGCAAGGAACCUUCACCACCCUCACCGAGACACGCGACACUGUCCACAGCAAGGAGGUCGCCAAGAUCCAGAGCGGGAAACUGUACAAGGAGAAGUUUGAGCAGGAGAAGGGCAAGUCCAAGUACAACGCCAUGACACUUCCUCCUGAUGUGAUGCACGCCAUGGACGUUGCCAAGAACCAGAGCAACUAUGCCUACAAGCAACAGGCUAAGGCCAAGCUGUGCUACACUCCCGUGGCAGACCGUCCAGACAUCAGGAAGGCUACCCAGGCUGCUAAGCUCAUAAGCGAUGUUGGCUAUCGUGAGAAGGCUCGUCAGGAAGCAAGCAAGGGCGGAUCUUUGGUCCAUCGCCCUGACAUUGCCCUGGCAACGGAAGUUUCAAAACUGACUAGCACGGUGGAGGAUAAACCAAGCCUCCACGGAGCCGCCUCCUUUGACACCCCCAUGAUGCGCCACAUUAAGAAAAUGAGUGCCCUGACUAGUGAUGUGAAGUACAAGGAGAAAUUCGACAAGGAGAAAGGAAAGAGACCACAGUAUGACAUGAAGGAAAGCAAGAGUUAUCAGACCUUUAAGGACGCCAAUGUUCUGGCUAGUGAGGUGAAGUACAAGAAGGAUCUUAAGAAGAUCCACAAGCCUGUGACAGACAUGGCCGAAUCUCUGUCCAUGCAGCAUGGGCUGAGCACCAGCAAGUUGGCCAGCGACUACCAGUACAAGAAGAAAUUCGAGGAGAGUAAGGGUCACUACCUUAUGAUCCCUGACACACCUGAGCAACUACACCUCAAAGAGGCUUCUGAGCUACAGAGUCACGUCAAGUACAAGGAGAAAUAUGAGAAGGAGAAGGGCAAGGCCAUGUUGGACUUUGAGACUCCCACGUAUGUGACCGCUAAGGAGGCCCAGAGCAUGCAGAGUCAGAAAGACUAUAGGAAGGACUAUGAGGAGGGCAUGAGGGGCAAGAACCUGUCAGGCCUGGAGGUGACCCCGGCCAUGUUACAUGUCAGACAUGCCACCAAAAUAGUUAGCGAGAAAGAGUACAGAAGGGAUCUAGAGGAAGGGGUGAAGGGUAAAGGUCUCAUGGUACUGGAGGAAACUCCGGAACUGCUGAGGGCAAAGAAUGCUACUCAGAUCCUCAACGAGAGAGUGUACAAGAAGGCAUUGGAGCUAGAGAUCAAGGGCAAAGGAAUGUUGGCUUUGGCUACAGAUACUCCAGACUUCAUGAGGGCCAGAAACGCGACCGAUAUCCUCAGUCAGACCAAGUACAAGCAGACCGCCGAUAGGGACCGCUCUAUCUACACCACUGUGAUCGAUACCCCAGACAUCAUCCAUGCUCAACAGAUGAAGCAGAUUGUGAGCCAGAAAAAAUACAAGGAGGAGGCUGAGAGGACCAUGUCUCACUAUGUCCCCGUCCUGGACACUCCUGAAAUGCAGAGAGUGCGUGAGAACCAGAAGAAUUUCAGCACCCUUCAGUACCAGACUGACCUUAAAAACAGUAAGGGCAAAGUUUCAGCAGUAACGGAGACACCUGAAAUGCUUCGUGUUAAAGAAAAUUCAAAGAAUUUCAGCUCGAUUCUUUACAAGGAGGAUUUGGGAGGCGGAACAGCGAUCUCUGAGACCCCAGAGAUGGAGAGAGUUAAACGCAAUCAGGAAAAUAUUAGCACGGCAAAGUACAAGGACUCACUAGGCCAGGGUAUAUCCAUACCAGACCUCCCCGAGGUGCAGCGGGUCCGGGAGACACAGAAGAACAUCAGUUCGGCAAAGUACAAGGACUCACUAGGCCAGGGUAUAUCCAUACCAGACCUCCCCGAGGUGCAGCGGGUCCGGGAGACACAGAAGAACAUCAGUUCGAUUCGGUACAAGGAGGAUUUGGGAGGCGGAACUGCAAUAUCAGAGACUCCUGAGAUGGAGAGAGUUAAACGCAAUCAGCAAAAUAUUAGCACGAUAAAGUACAAGGAUUCGUUGGGUCAAGGUACAGCCAUUCCGGACCUUCCAGAGGUGAAGCGCGUCCGGGAAACCCAAAAGAACAUCAGCUCGGUUUUGUAUAAGGACAUCGGAGUCAAGGGAACACCCGUGGUGUUCACGCCAGAGAUGGAACGGGUGAAAAGGAACCAAGAACACAUUAGCUCGGUGCUGUACUCAGACAGCUUCCGUAAGCAGGUGCAGGGCAAGGCCGCAUUCGUGCUGGACACUCCUGAGAUGAGGCGCGUGAAGGAGACUCAGCGCAUCAUCUCUGGAGUCAGAUAUCACCAGGACUUCGAGAAGAGCAAGGGUAGCUUCACCCAGACUGUGAGCGACCCUGUGACCGAACGCGUGAAGAAGAACACCCAGGACGUCAGUGACAUCAACUACCGUGGCAUCCAGAGGCGUGUCGUCGAGAUGGAGAGGAGGCGUGCCGAGGAGCACGAUCUGGAGACCAUCACUGACCUCCGUGUGUGGCGCACAAACCCUGGCUCCGUCUUUGACUACGAUCCAGCUGAGGACAACAUCCAGUCCAGGAGUCUGCACAUGAUGUCAGUGCAAGCCCAGCGUCGCAGCAAGGAGCACUCUCGCUCCACCAGUGCCAUGAGUGGCGGAUUCGGUGAUGAGUCCAAGUCCGAGGUGUCUGAGAACGUUGACGGACACCAUAUGUCCCUCUACAGUACCAACAUAGCUGCCUCUUCCAUAGGUACGUUUAACGGGACCUCAACCAUAGGUUACCAGCAGGCCAGGACUGUUGAGCUCCAGCAGAGGUCCUCAUCAGUGGCCACCCAGCAGACUACCGUCUCUUCCAUCCCAUCCCACCCAUCAACCACUGGCAAAACUGUCCGUGCCAUGUAUGACUACUCCGCUGCCGACACAGACGAGGUGUCCUUCAAGGACGGCGACGUCAUCGUCAACGUUCAGUCCAUCGACGAGGGCUGGAUGUACGGCACCGUGCAGCGCUCCGGCAAGACAGGCAUGCUGCCAGCCAACUACGUGGAAGCCGUCUAAGCUACAAAUCCGAAGCCCUCCUCCUCCUGCCUUGAGGAGUGAGUGUACCUAUCCACUGGGGGAAAUGCACCAGAGGAAAAAAAACAACAGAAAAAAGAAACUGAAACCUGUAACAUCUUAGGCUUCCUUGAAAACAAAUGUUUCAUGUUUAGCUGCUAGGAUUAGUUGUUCAUUUUAGAGAUGUUUUUGUCUUAAGUUAUCUGUGAAUCCACGUUUUGUUUUGCCUCCAUGUCCCUGUUUCCCUUGAGGAUGUAUGUGAAGUACAGUUUAAACUGCUAAAUUAUGUAAUAAACACACACGUAUACGACAGACCACUUUUAGGAUUAUUUAUAUUUUACUAUAUAGUAUUCUCACACGAAAAGUAUGAAUUGACAGAAAGCCCAGGUUUUUUUUUUUUUACAAUGCAUAAGACUCUUGACUCGAUGUCAAAUGUGAUAUUCCUUGGAGAUGUCAAAAGAAAUUGUAAAGUUGGAAGAGAAAGAAUGGGCUGAAUGUACUACUGUGCACAUUUCCCUAAGGGGAAAGCACAGUCUGAAAUGACAAAGUUUUUUUUCAGAGCAACACUGAACAUUGACUGAAAGUUGAUAUGGGAUUCACUGUGGGAACAAAAAAGACAAAAUGUAAACCCACUGUGAACCCAGGGGUAGGCCUACACACCAUCCCUCCCUCCCCUAAAUGCAAACCUGUACUGACAAGUUUUGAAAGACGAGCCUCUUCCCUCCAAUGCUGUAGGCUGACCGUUUAGGAUGCAUGUGUGUUUUGUUUCUUCCGAUUCCCUCGGUAACAGGGCAUGGAAGUGGUAUUACCUUGGAGCUGUAGAGAUGAAUAAAGCACACCAGGCUUCUGCAAUACAA